UCAGCACCAGAACAACACAACAGAGAGAGGAGGAACUGCCUGGAGAGUUACACAGAGACGAGCUAUAUGCUUUGUCUACUGUGUCAAGCGACUAAUCUCACAGUCUGGUGUGUAAAUAAAUAACCACCAGAGAGAGAAAAUGACAGCCAGGAGGGAGAACAGAAAGAUGGAGGGAAUCGCAGCAUUCAUUGUGGUCUGUUUGUGAGCAGAGCAGGAGAGCUUUAGGAAAGCUCCAAGGCUCAGCGGUCUGCUGGUCCGCUGCUCCAUCACGACAGAACAGAACAGAACUGGACAAAGCAGAGAAGUCAGAUUGAGAGAUCAGUUGAAUUGAUUUGUCUCUGAGGAGAGAUUACUGACCGAGCCUCAGUCAAGCCCAGCACAUGAAAGAUGAGUCCAGACUGAGGGACAGCCUUACAGUCCUACACUACGGGCUGUGGUGGUGGUAAAGAUGUGAAGGGUGAAAAGGUGCUUGUGCUCCUUCUCCCUGUGAAUGUCUGUCGCCAUGGCGAAGCGUGAGACGGACAGCACCAGCCCGGUGGUUCGGCAGAUAGACAAGCAGUUCCUGGUCUGCAGCAUCUGUCUGGACCACUACCACAACCCUAAAGUCCUGCCCUGCCUACACACCUUCUGUGAGAAAUGCCUACAGAACUACAUCCCCCCUCAGUCUCUGACACUAUCGUGUCCAGUGUGUCGUCAGACGUCCAUCCUGCCAGAGAAGGGCGUGGCCGCGCUGCAGAAUAACUUCUUCAUAACCAACCUGAUGGAGGUGCUGCAGAGGGACCCAGAGUGUUCUCCUCCAGAGGCCUGCAGUGUGCUGGAGUCAGUCAGUGCUGCUGCCGCCUGCCAGCCGCUCUCCUGCCCCAACCACGAGGGCAAGGUGAUGGAGUUCUACUGCGAGUCGUGUGAGACUGCCAUGUGUCUGGAGUGUACUGAGGGAGAGCACAGGGAACAUGUGACUGUCCCUCUGAGAGAUGUCUUGGAGCAACAGAAAGCAGCCCUGAAGACCCAGCUGGAUGCCAUACGCAACAGGCUGCCCCAGCUGAGGGCUGCGAUAGAGCUGGUAGGGGAGAUCUCCAAGCGGCUGACUGACAGGAAGAACGAGGCGGUGACAGAGAUCAGCAGUACCUUUGAGGAGCUAGAGAGGGCGCUACACCUCAGGAAGACCACCCUCAUCACUGACCUGGAGAACAUCUGCUGCACCAAGCAGAAGGUGCUCCAGGCCCAGCUCUCCGCUCUCCUGCAGGGUAAGGACAACAUCCAGAGCUGCAGUAGUUUUACGGAGCAGGCUCUGAGCCAUGGCAGUGCUACAGAGGUUCUGCUGGUCCAGAAACAGAUGGGAGAGAGGGUCAGCGCCCUGGCCCGACACACCUACCCAGAACAGCCCCAUGAGAACAGCCAUCUUGACUGCCAGGUGGAGACAGAGGGUCUUCGUCGUUCCAUCCAGAAUCUGGGUGUGCUCAUCACCACAGGAGCCGUAGGUCACACCUCCGUUGCCACGGGAGAGGGACUACGCCACACCCUGGUUGGCCAGCACACCACCGUCACCGUGACGACCAAGGACAAGGACAGUGAGCUGGUAAAGACGGGCAACGCGGCGCUGCGGGCCGAGAUCGUGUCGAUGGAUGGGGCGGUAACCACGGAGACAGAGGUGGUGGAUAAUAAGAAUGGGACGUAUGAGGUGGGCUAUACCAUGCGCUCUGAGGGGGAGUUCUCCUUCUCUCUCCUCCUGUACGACCAGCCGGUCAGGGGCAGUCCGUUCCGGCUGCGUGCGGUCAAGCCCUCGGAUGUCCUGCAGUCUCCAGACGAUGUGAAGAGGAGGGUGAAGAGUCCUAGUGGGACAGGGGGCCACAUCAGACAGAAGGCUGUGAGGAGACCCUCCAGUAUGUACAGCACCACCAAGAAGAAGGAGAACCCCAUCGAGGAUGAACUCAUCUACAGAGUCGGAACCAGAGGGAGAGAUAAAGCAGAGUUUACAAACCUCCAGGGAAUCUCCACUUCCAGCAACGGACGCAUCGUAGUGGCUGACAGCAACAACCAGUGUAUACAGGUGUUCUCAAACGAUGGGGCAUUCAAGCUGAGGUUUGGGGUCAGGGGUCGGUCGCCGGGGCAACUGCAGCGCCCCACUGGGGUCACCGUGGAUAUGAACGGUGACAUCAUCGUGGCCGACUACGACAACCGCUGGGUCAGCAUCUUCUCCUCCGACGGAAAGUUCAAGAGUAAGAUCGGUGCGGGUCGUCUGAUGGGCCCUAAGGGCGUGGCGGUGGACAGGAACGGACACAUCAUCACCGUGGACAACAAGGCCUGCUGCGUGUUCAUCUUCCAGGCCAAUGGGAAGCUGGUCACCAAGUUUGGAGCCAGGGGGACGUCAGACAGACAGUUCACAGAAAAAAGUGGUACAAACAUUUCACUGGAACCCAAGCUGAGUAAAUCUGGCCCUGCAUUCAGUCCCCACUUUGUGGCGAUCAACAACAAAAAUGAGAUUGUGGUAACAGACUUCCACAAUCAUUCAGUGAAGGUGUACAGUGCAGACGGGGAGUUCCUGUUUAAGUUUGGUUCCCAUGGCGAGGGGAACGGACAGUUCAACGCCCCGACGGGCGUUGCCGUGGACGCCAACGGGAACAUCAUCGUUGCUGACUGGGGGAACAGCAGAAUACAGGUGUUUGAUAGUUCCGGGUCGUUCCUGUCCUACAUCAACACCACAGCAGACCCUCUCUAUGGUCCACAGGGCCUGUCUCUCACCUCUGAUGGACAUGUGGCUGUGGCUGAUUCUGGCAACCAUUGCUUCAAGGUUUACCGCUACUUGCAGUAGCCAUUGCUUAGGGACAACGGUCUGUUGCAGGCCUACCACUACCAGGGUAUGUCCCAAAUGGCCCCCUAUUCCCUUCAUAGCGCACUACCUAUUACAAUAAACCCACAGGGCUCUGGUCAAAAGUAAUGCACUAUGUAGGGAAUAAGUUGCCAUUUGGGAUGUACCCCAGAUCCGGGCCGGACAGACAAACCAACCACAGCCUGACCUGGGUCCCAAAAAUAGGUCAAAUACUUGAAAGUAUUUGAGAUGUGCUUGAUUUAUCUAUUUAUUUGAGUUUGCACUUUUGGGACUGUUUCAGGCAAACGAAAUCAAGUGCAGCGCUUGAAGUAUUGGAAAGCAUUUGAUCUAAUAAUGUAUGUAUUUUUGCCCCCAGGUCAGAUCACAUGUGCUGUCACUGAGCAACGACACAAACCAAUGUACUAUACAUAAUAUACAGGUGCAAUGAUCUUUCCCAUAGCUGUCCCUUUGAUUUGCACAUCUGAUCAGCUCCACAUCAUCCAGUUAGUGUUCUCUGAACCGCCCAACAUCAUGAAGUAACAAUAUAACCCCAGUUUACUCCUCCAUGUGGUGUGUUAUGGAGUUUACUUUGUCCCAAAUGGCACCCUAUUCCUUAUGUAGUGCACUAUGUAGGGAAUAGGGUGCAGCCUAUGUGUGUAGAGUGUAUUUACCUCUUUGUUCGGUCAUUGACAUAAAACUAUGAGGAGGUAUGAAGUGUGUGUAUAUACUGUAACUGCUAUGAGACCUACACGUCGUUCAGAUCAGUGAUUGACGUAUAAUAGAGCCAUGUUGUGAAGGAGCUGGUCCCAAUGCAUGAAGUUGUAUCUUUACCUUGUCAGCUCAGACAGGAUGACAUAACAGUGGAGUUCGUGAACUCAUCAGUUGUUUCUUCACCAUGAUAAGUGCAAUGAACGAUGUGCUUACAGUGAAACCAACUAACGCAAAAGCUUUUGAAACAAUUCAUUUUUCAGUUAUCUAUGAACAAACUGACUUAACCUAAAGCCUUCUCACAUAUAAAAGGUCAUCACCAUCUGUGCAUUGAUGUACUUUAUAUGCAUAACUGUAUAAUGGAUCAGCUUUAUCUGUGCUUUGAUUUAAAAACAUAUCUUCUGGUUAUUCCGAGAACAGCAUUCCAGCGUUUCUAACUAAGUAUGGCAGCUGUCCUAAAGUGUGCUUUUUAAAACAGGAGUUCAGCCAGAGAUGUCAUGAUAAUUGCAUAUGUGAGCAGCACAAUUAUUAUAAACUUUUGAAAAAGUACAAAAAUAAAAAUGGAAUUGCUAAUUUAUUUUAUACACUAGCUCAGCAUUUACAAAUUAUUUUUCUAAUUUGUUUUAUUUGUAUUUUUUUUUAAAUUCACACCUUUGUCAUUUGUCUCCAUAUACAGAAAGAAAACCUAGCCACUUGAGGGGAUUUUUCAGAGUAGAACAAACAGUGCAGAUUUAGAAUUUGUAAGAUUUGAUUUGCCAAAAAAUAAAUAGUCGGUUUUGAAAUGUGACAAGUUGGAGUACAUAUUUCAAAACAAAUACCCAUGAUUAUACUACUUAGUGUUAUUGAACAUGCAAAACUACAUUUGACUAACUUAUGGUUUUCAAUUUUAACAGUCAACAGAAUUACCGUUUAUAUAGUUUGUCUUCAGAAGCUGAAACCACAGUGUAAUGUUUCACAGCUUCAGUGUGUGUUAAAGGACUAGAGCUAUGUUUCAUUGCCUUGUUAUCACAGUUCAUUACCAGGUUAUAGCAUUUCAUUACUGGGUUAUAAAAGUUCAUUACUAACUUAUAACUAUUGUCCUGAGGGAAACAUUAGCAUUUGAUGAGCUACGGUGGAACACCCCCUGGUGUCUGUAACAACACAAGAGUCCCUAUAACCUCUGACGUCAUGGAGCCAAACAGACUGUAGCUAAUCACAGGUUCUUUUAUUAAGGAGUAUUAGACAUCACUAUCUGUAACUUUGUUUCCACAAUAUGUCUGUCAAUCUUCUUUCUCUGUGAAUAUGCACUGGUAAUAAAAGCACAUGGUUUAUGGA